GCUCUCCACAACUUCACGCUUCUCUUCUCGGGCUUCAUUUUCUUGGAGCCUAUAGGAACUGGAUCGACUUCAGCAGUAACCUGGAUGGGAAGGGAAGGUGGCAACGGACUUUCUCCGGACUGUUGUCGCAGUUUGCUGACCAUCGCGGGAGUUGGCUUCCUCGCGGGCGGCGCGUUAACGAUAGGUGCAGGAACUGGGACCAGCUUGCUGCUGUUGAUUGGACACCAGGAGGCACCCAGCAUAGAACAGAACGGCCUAGCGCCUGCUAAGGACGUGCCAAAUGUCAAUCCGCACCGCUCCGCCGCUCCGCGUGUGACCAAUCGAUUUUCCCACGACGGAAUAUACGAUGUGGGAUCCACGAGACCGGUGGCGCUGGGUGGCGCAGCGCCUAGCUACACACGGAGGGAGGCGCCCAGUGGUUUGAAAGAGUCAUCAUCUCAUGCAACAGAAGACACCUGUGAUUUACGGGAGAUCAUUUCCGCAUUCU